GGCAACAAUGUCGUCGUUGGGCAGAAGUGUUUCAUUCCUUUUUGCAUCCAUUUCACGUCCAUUGUAAAGUGUGUGGCGUGGUGAGACGUAUGUGUGUGUCGAAUUCUCUGUUUUUUAUUAGUAUACACAGACAAAUCCAACAUGCCCAAGAAUAAAGGUAAAGGAGGUAAAAAUCGUAGAAGAGGAAAGAACGAGAACGAAGCCGAGAAAAGAGAGUUGAUCUUCAAAGAAGAUGGCCAAGAGUAUGCACAAGUGACAAAAAUGCUGGGAAAUGGUCGGCUGGAAGCCUUGUGCUUUGAUGGAACCAAACGACUUUGCCACAUCAGAGGGAAGCUCAGGAAGAAGGUCUGGAUCAAUCAAGGUGACAUCAUUUUGGUGGGCCUCAGAGAUUACCAAGAUGCUAAAGCUGAUGUUAUCCUGAAGUACAAUGCAGAUGAAGCUCGUAACUUGAAGACUUAUGGUGAAAUCCCAGAAACAGUGAAGGUCACAGAUACUGUCAACUUCGUCGACGAUGGUUUAGAUGAUGAUAUCGAAUUUGGUGACGACUCUGGCUCCGGCGAAGAUGACGAUAUUAACGACAUAUGAACACUUAUUCUUAGGAAUUACAAUUCCUAAGAUAAUAAAAAAAUUAAACUAAUUGAAACCUGUAUCCGGGGAAAACUUGGAUUUUCCAUAGCAACAUUUCUUCAUCCUCAAGAAACCUGAAUUUUGGUUUCUCACAUCCUACAGCAGCAACAACAGUCUCAGAAUUAUUGUUGUGUCGUUUUCACCAACAAGAUUUCAUUAAAAAAAAAUAAUGACGGAAUCAACUAUCAGAAGAAAACUUUGUUUGCAAAUUUUGUUUAUUAUAUCAUUCUUGGAUGGCUUGUCUGGAUUUCAAUCUGUCUGUGCUAAUAAAAUGCUGCGGGAACGACUUAAA